UUAUAAUUUAUAAAUUAUUUCAAACUCACCCGUAAAAUGUAAACACAAAUGUUGCUAUAAAUAAAUACAAUGUAUUUUACACCAGAUGGUCCAAGGAACACCUCAGCGUCAGUCAGUCCCUCUGGUGAAAUAGUGGAGGGCAGUUCAGUGACUCUGACCUGCAGCAGUGAUGCCAACCCACCUGUGGACAAAUACACCUGGUACAAGAAGAACGUAACCUCAGCAAAAGCAUCAGGACAGAGUUACAGCAUCACUGACAUCAUCUCUGAGGACAGAGGAGAAUAUUACUGUGAGGCCCAGAAUGGAAGAGGAUCUAUGAACUCUACAGCUCUGAUGAUCAUUGUAGCAGGGAAACAGACAUCAGUUCUGACUGCAGCUGUAGGAAUCAUAGUGGUUGUUCUGGUUCUCAUCCUCUGUCUCUCUGGACUCAUGUGGUUCAGGAGAUCCACAGGAGGAAGUGAUGCCACAACAGACACACAGAGUGUCCAUCCUGACUGUAACUGUGACACGUACACAGGUCUGAACAUGAGGACCAGGUCACCAGACUAUGACACUGGCAGUAAGUCUCAUAAAAUGAAUGCUGUUUGUUUUGUCCAUCCUGGCCCUAACAUUGACGCCAACAGUGACAUGUACUCACCUCUGAACAUGAAGACCAGGUCACCAGAGUAUGACACCCUGGCAAAUGUGAGGGGACCCUCCCACUGA